AUGGCUCGCCUCCGCACUGCGUACCGGAACCGAUUUACCAUCACGCACAAGAAUCGACCGGUCGGCAGCACAAAUCUCUGCUCGGACCUCGCCAUGGCGCGUAGCGAGGAGGCGAUCGUCCUUGACGGCUGUUUUCCUUUUGACAACCGACCCGACGCCUUCUCAGAAGCCUGCACCGCCAAGACCACAAAGUACGAGCCCCCAGUUACCCAUGGAAAUGAACUGAGGUCUUUGGAGAGAAGUAAACCAAGCGGUUCGUUCCAACCCGUCUUCCGCAAGAAGCUCAUUGUGUUCCUUGCUGAUGGCCUUCGAUGGGACUACGUGGACAGAGCCGACUACCCGGGCUUCCGCUUGUUGGAGAAGCUAGGCGUUCGGGCUGAACGUCUGUUGCCCGUCUUUCCUUCUGUGUCCUAUCCGAACUGGUACUCCCUGGCCACGGGUCUGUACACCGAGGACCACGGGAUUCUGGGAAACUACAUGUACGACGCGAAAACCAACUCCUAUUUCACAAUGUCCUCACCCGAGAGCUUCCACCCACGUUGGUGGACGCGUGCGGAACCACUGUGGACGCGCGCGCUGCGCCGCAACCGCACCGUGGCCAUGUUCUGGUGGGACGGCUGCCAGGUCAGCAUCAACGGCACGCGGCCCCAGAGCUGCACCCCAUACGGCGGCUAUUCGACCGAGAUCGACCACCUAAUGAACCAGAGGAUCGGUGAAGCAGUCAACGCCUUCAAGACGGGCAGGCUCGAUUUAGCAAUGUUUUACUACGAAGGACCCGACGCGGAAGGUCACAGAAAUGGCCCCGACAGCGAAGGCAUUGAGGAUGCAGUCAGGAAAGUUGAUCGGUACUUGUGGAACCUGCAAAUGGGCCUGCAGAGAGAAGGGCUUUUAGAAGAAGUCAAUAUCGUGGUUGUGUCCGACCAUGGGAUGACACGUACAAGUCCGGAGUCUACGCAUCACAUUGACAUGGAUGCCUUAGUGAACGAAAGAGAUGUACACAUAAUGCUCGACAAAGGACCAUUUGCCAUGCUGCACCCUAAGCCUGGCAGAGAACACGAGGUGCUAAAGAGCCUUCUUAUGAAGAAACCUAAAGGUCUCAACGUUUUCACGAAGGAUAAUAUUCCCGAUGAAUGGCAUUUCAGGAACAACGAGCUCGUCGCCCCAAUAGUUCUGCUUGCCCAGGAAGGUCACUACAUCAUGCCAGCUCCCACAGCAGUGGGAGGAGGUGGCGGUGGCAGCACGCUCGUCUCCAUUCCGAUCCCGGUCUCUGUGCCAUUGCCCUUGGGCCAGUCCGGUGGUGGCAGUCAAGGCGGGCCCAUCAUCAUCACCUCACCUCCGCCACCGGCGCCACCGAAUCCUCCAAUGCCACCUCAUCCUCCUGCCCAGAGACCCGGAAUCGCACAGGUUGGUGGGGCCACCGACUUCUGCACUAUCAGUGUUGCUCGCUGUUCGAAUUAUUGCGUCACGGCGCUGCAAAUCAGUUGA